AUGAGUUUGCUUAUAUCUAAUAUUUUAAAUUAAUCACCAAAUUCCAUAUAUAUUGGAGCCUUGUUGAUAUUAGUAAGUUGUAUUGCUAAUGUAAGUCGACAUCAAGCAAUAACUAAAAGUAUGGAAUUUUCAGCAAAAUCCAGAUUUACGUUGUUGAAUAUGCUAUAUUAAAAGCUACUGAAAGUACAAACUCAAGCUAUUGAUACAGGAAAAUUGAUUGGACUUGCUACAGCUGAUAUUAGCAUGCUUGAAUACUAUUUUAUGCUGAUAUUUUAAAUCUUUGUUAUGCCUAUUUCACUUAUCUUUGGAUCUAUAAUACUUUACAUUAGAUUUGAUGGAUUGAUAGGUCUAAUUCCAUUAUUUAUCAUUAUGCUCAUCUAUCCAUUAUAGAUAUUUGUUUAGAAGCAAUCAAUUUAGUAUACCAAACUAUACAAGUAAGAACAGGAUAAAAGAAUUAAGUUAUAAUCUGAAUUUAUUGACAACAUAAAAGUCAUUAAAAUGUAUAAUGUAGAAGAUAGAUUAAAUUAAAAAAUUCAAGAAGUGAGAAAAAGAGAGUAGAAAUAUUUAUUAAAAUCUUAAAUGAUACAACUUAUUGAUCGAAGUUUGAAUUUUUUUGCUCAAAUAUGGGCAUCAAUGUUUUUUAUAGUAAUUCUCUAUGUAUUCAAUUAUGAACUAGAUAGUGCUUCUUUGAUAGCUACAAUUCAAUAAUUGUAAUAUUUUAAGGUUAGUUGUGUUUAACAAGUAUCUUAUGGAAUUUAGAGUUAUUUAAAUAUAAAAAUGAUAUUCCAAAGAUACAUUGAUAUUUUUAAUAAUCUAAAGAUAAAAAGUAAAUAAAUUCAAGUGCAUCAAAGUCCUGAACUUAUAAAAGUCAACGAGUUUAGCAUUGGUUGGAAAUAAGAGGAAAGACUUUUGAAAUCAAUAUCAAUUCAGAUAAAUCCUAAAGACAUUAUCUUGAUAACAGGUAAAAUUGGCAGUGGAAAGACCUCCUUUUUGUUGUCUUUGAUAGAUGACGGUCCCUUGACUUUGGGUGGAUAUAUGUCAUAGAAAGAACACUUAACUAAAUCAUAUGUGGAAUAAGAUCCCAUUUUGUUUGAGGAUACCAUUUAAAAUAAUAUCACUUUUGGGAAAUUAUACAUCGAAGAAUUAUACUAAAAAGUGAUUGAGGUCACUUGCUUGAAAGAAGACAUAUAAAAAAUGUAGUAGAAAGACCAAACUAUUAUUAAUGACAGAGUCACUACUAUAUCUGGUGGUUAAAAAACAAGGAUAGCAUUAGCUAGAGCAUUAUAUUCUUUAUCAGAUAUAUUGAUAUUGGAUGAUCCAUUUAGUUCAUUAGAUGCACCAAUUUAAAUAUAGAUAUAUAAAAAUUUAAUAGAGUUUUUAUAAAGUUAUCAUUUUGCUUAGACUAAUAAAUAUCCUGCUGUAGUUUUGACAUCGCAUUCACAAGCCAUAAUUAAUUAGUUUUAAAAGUUUUAUCUUCUAUAAGACGGUUUACUUGUAGAAUAAUUGAAUGACAACUUUAACGAUUUUAAAUUAAUUAAUUUAUAGAGAAAAAAUGAAUCUGUUGAGCAAUAGUAAACCGUAGAUAAAAAUUAAGUAGUUAAAAAUUAGGUGUAGAUUAAAAAGAACAAUAAAUUUUAUUAUUAUUUUGCGAAUUGGACCAAAAAUAAGAUAUUGAGCAUGAUAUUAUUAGUUUUAGUUGUAUUAAUGAACUUUUUAUCAGAAACCUUGUAUAAUUGUUACUAUAAUGGAAUUUCAUUAUUGAAAGCUGAAAAUUAGGAUCAAUAGAUAAAGUAUAUCAUAAUGAUUUGCAUAUUGGCUUUUGUAAAUAAUUAUGUAAAGUACAUAUUAAACUCUUAUGGAUGCUUAUCAGCUAAUUCUCAUAUCCAUAACAACAUGAUCAGAUCGAUAUCAUAAGGAAAAAUGGCAUAUUUCGAUUAAACAGCUGGUAGUACAGUAUUAACGAAAUUCAGUACAGAUUUAAGUUUGGCUGACAACAUGAUUCCAGUAACAUUAUAUGAUUUUUGGGAACUUGGAUCAUAUUUCUUAGUUUCCUUAUUCAGUUUAGUGAUCUUGUAAAUUCACUUCAUUUACAUCAUGAUUGUAACAAUCCUUCUAAAUUAAUACAUACUUGGGAAUUAUAGGAAUUUAAUUAUAAAAUCUUAGGAAUUAGAUUAGUAAACCAAAGGUCCCUUAUUAGAUCUUUUUAAAAAAACAAUUGCAGGUUUAAGAACAAUAAGUGUUUUUGAGUAAUAAGGAUACUUUUUGAAGUAAUUCAAUAAUGCCACAAAUAAUGCUAUUCUUUCUAAUACAACUUAUUAUUACUCAUAACGAUUAUUUGGAAUUAGCAUAGACUUUUUGGGUUUGAUGGUUUAAUAAUGUGGAAUAGUAAUGAUUUUCCUUUUUAAUAAAAAUGAGACAUUUACACAAGCACUAUUAUUGCUUAUGAUUUUUAAUGAAAACUAAUAAUGGUUCUUAAGACAAUCUUUAUCAUUUGUAACUUAAAUUAACUGUGUAGAUAGAAUGCAAGAUUUAAUAGGUAUAGAUUAAGAAGAUAGUAAAAUAAGUGAGAAGUAAGUUGUGAAUUUGAAUGGAAAUUUGAAUUUUUCAAAUGUUUAUUUAAAAUAUAACUAGGAUUAUGCUUUGAGUGGACUGACAUUAAAUAUUAAAUAAGGUGAGAAAGUAGGAAUCAUAGGUCGUACUGGAGCAGGCAAAUCCUCGAUAAUUUCGAUAAUCUUUAGAUUAUAUGAUAUAGAGAAAGCAGAGAAAUUUGAAAUCGAUGGUUAUGAAAUCAGAGACUUAUGUCCUUCAGUUUUAAGGAGGAAUAUAAGCAUAAUACCAUAACAACCAAUUAUAUUUAAUGAUACUUUUCGAUUUAAUGUUGACAUAUUUAACCAACACAGUGAGCAGGAUAUAUUGAAUAUAUUAAGAGAUGUUAGACUGUAUGAUUAUGUUUAAAGUUUACCAAACGGAUUGAAUUCUCAAUUUGGAGAAUUAUCCUAGGGUCAAAAACAAUUGGUUUCCUUAAGUAGAGUGUUACUUCAAGAUAGGCCAAUAAUCAUUAUGGAUGAAGCCACAUCGAAUCUAGAUUCUGAAACUGAUUUGUUGAUCAAGGAAAUCCUAUUAGAAAAGUUAAGGAAUAAAACUGUAAUCACUAUUGCACACAAAACUCAAACCAUUAAGGAUUAUGAUAAAAUAGUGAAAAUUGAAAAUGGCAGAGUCUCUAAAGUAGGAGCUCCAUUUGAAAUUCUGGAGGAUUUGUGA